AUGAGAUGGGAUAGGGAGAGGAGUAUACAAACCGUGAGGCUGAACCUUAGAUUUGGAUUGUCUUUUGGAGCAUUCUGGAGCAUAUGGGACGAGAGGAGCAUGGAGGACUUGGCACAUGGACGCAGCUCAACUGGAUACGCAAAGGAAGAAGGAGGAAGCCAUCUUGAAGACCAGCUCGACCAACCUCGACCUCAACUCGACCGGCCAAGCUUCAACUCGAUCGAGCUGAGAAGUCAACAGUCAAACCCGAAAAAUGUUGCUUCCCCCUUGACUUUCCUUUGA